UCAAUUCUGACCUGAAAUUGAAAGUAGGUGACAUUGCUGGUUAGUUCUGAUAUUCGAUAUUCAGAUGACAAGCAUUGUAAUAAAUGUAAAAUACAAUGUUUCUUCGUCCUUUACAAUCGAAGUAGAUACUGACUGGAAUGUAUGGAAAGUGAAAGGAGAAAUUUCCAAAAGAAUAAAACUACCACCCGAAGAAAUACAAUUGAUAUUUACAGGCUGUGUACUGAAAAAUGAUGCUACUUUAAAGGAUGUAUCUAUCUGUAAUUGUACAGUAAUCCAUGCUUUUCAACAAAAACCCCUAAUAGUGACAGCAAAGUGUAUUUCAGCAGACACUGAGGAUGUGAAAAGUGGAAAAGCUAAUAGAGAUGUUCACCAUUUCUUUGUAUAUUGUAAGGAACAGUGCCAAAGUUUGUGUCCAGGAAAGUUGAGAGUGAAAUGUGCCAUCUGUUGUGAAGGUCAUAUUGUGUUACAAAGGGAACCAGAAAACUUUGAUGAUGUGAUGAAGUCUGGUACAAUACUAUGUGAAUGUAAGAGUGAAGGCUGUCAAGGGAAUCUCCAAACUACUCAAUUUUACUUUAAAUGUGCCAGUCAUUCAUCAGAGUUGGAUACAGCUCCAGUUUUAAGACACAUCAGACCUAAUACAAAGAAUAUAGAGUGUUUAACAUGUUCUACAGUAAGUUCCCCUUUAAUGGUUUUUCCCUGUGACAAGAGUCAUGUGAUGUGUAUAGAGUGCUUUAGGUCUUAUGGUAUUGUCAGAUUGAAUGACAGAAUGUUUAUUGAAGAUGAAAACCAUGGAUAUAGUCUCCCUUGUCCUGUUGGAUGCGAAAACUCUCUCUUACAAGAUGCUCAUCACUUUUACCUUUUGGGAGAAGAACAGUAUGAAAGAUACAAAAGAUUUGGUACAGAGGAAUAUGUCCUGCAGAAUAAUGGUGUUUUAUGUCCUUUCCCUGGAUGUGGGGCUGGGAUAUUAAUAGAAGAUUCAUGUAAACAAGUUGUUUGUCACAACUGUAGGUUUGAGUUUUGUAGACAGUGUCUUAACAGUUACCAUGGAAGCUCAGAAUGUAGACCACAACUGCUGGAGGACAACACACAGGGCUAUCAAGUUGAUGAAGAGCAGGAGUUAAGAGCCAGAUGGGAUCAAGAAUCACUGGCUACAAUAGAGGAAAUCUCAAAACCUUGUCCAGGAUGUUGUACUAAAACAGAGAGAGAUGGUGGAUGUAUGCACAUGCACUGUUCACGGUGUCAGAUGGAAUGGUGUUGGCUGUGUGAUCGAGAAUGGAACAGAGAAUGUCAGGGGAACCACUGGUUUGGCUGAUUAUCAUGGUGUGAAAAAUUACUAUAUCAUGAAAAUGAUGAUGAAAGGCAUUCAUUUAUCUGUAUGAGGACUUUUUUUUUUUAAGUGUAUAUUCAUGCAUGAAUUCCAUUGUUAUGCAUAGGAUAGUUGCAGGGCUUUAUGAUUUCUUGUCUAUGUGUACGACCGUCUGUCUGUCCAACAGUUCAUUCAGUAUCAGGUUAAAGGUGUGCAUGGGUUUUCAUAAUUUACCACGAAGUUUUGUUCACAUCAACAUGCAACUUUGUACACAUGUAUGAUGUGAUCUUUAUACAACAUAUGCCAAAUAUGGUCCAGUUACAGUUCCUGAACAUGGAAAUUUGAUAGUGCUAGAGCGGGAGUGGGUCCUUUGGACAGAUUAUCUUGUUACUAAAUGUUUCAGAUAUUUGAUUAAAGUGUUAUCUUUUAAGUAUCACCUCAGGGAAAGUAUGACUAUAUGCAUGUCUUUUAUUUUAAUAAAUUCUUCCUUAAAAUGUCUUAGCAUAAGGAUUUUGUAAGUUUUUACACUGACAAUGGCCUUCGCCAAAACCGUCAGAAGAAUGAUACAUUUGGAUGGCAUUUCUGUAUUGGUAGUUUAUAUAUAACAUGCUCAAUUGUUUUACCUUCAUUCUUUGAAGAGAUUGAUUGAUUAAUUGAUGUUUGAUGCCACUUUCAGCACUAUUGUGCUAUAUCAUGGCGGUCAGUUUUUAUUGGUGGAGGAAGCCAGAGUGCCCAGAGAGAACCAACAACCUUUAGAUGAAAAAUUGACAAUCCUAAUCAAUUCAGAUUGGAGUCUAGUGCAACUGCCAUGUGCGGGAUUUGAACUCACAACCUUAGUGUUGACAGGAUAGUGAUAGUAGUUCAACUACUUAGACCACUCAGCCACCAAGGCCCCAUUGAAGAGAUAAUCCAUACUAAACUGUGAAAGAGUUGGUGCAAAAUUCUAAAUUAUCAUAAGAAACAAAUCAUUGCUUUGACGAAUAAUUUUGUAUUUGGUAUUUCUGCACAAAAUUUUUUCUGAAUAGACAAAAAACUAAUCAACCCAGUUGAGCACAGUAGAACUAAAAAAUGUUUAAUAAGUAUCAAGAACAGAGAAUUGUUCCCUAUCAAGAACUUAUCUUACUCUGUUGUGCAAUGGUUUAUUACUUCAUUAAUAUAAGCUAACCUAUUAUUCUACCAGGUAGUAACUAAGUUGAUUACAUUAAUACACAAUACUAACCUAUUGUUUUGACUAUCCCAGAAGUCUGUUCAUUUAGAUUAAGGUAGCCAAAUGAACUGGCUCUGAUAAAGAAAAUGACCGGAUGACUGUUUUGUUACAUUUAGAUUUCAUGACUAAUUUUGUGGUAUAUAAUUACACUUGCCUUCAGUUUGUAUUUUUUAUACCCCACCUAAGAUAGUAGAGGGGCAUUAUGUUUUUCGGUCUGUGCAUUCAUCCGUCCGUCCUUCCAUCCGUCCAUCCGUCUGUCUGUCCCACUUCAGGUUAAAGUUUUUGGUCAAGGUAGUUUUUGAUGAAGUUGAAGUCCAAUCAACUUGAAACUUAGUACACAUGUUCCCUAUGAUAUGAUCUUUCUAAUUUUAAUGCCAAAUAAAGAGUUUUGACCCCAAUUUCACGGUCCACUGAACAUAGAAAAUGAUAGUGUGAGUGGGGCAUCUGUGUACUAUGGACACAUUCUUGUUUUUAUGUGUUUUCUGCAUUUAGGACAUUGUAGGUUUUUAUACGACCGCAAAAAUAUUUUGUGGUCGUAUAUUGGUAUGACGUUGGUGUCGUCGUAGUCGUCGUCAUCCGAAGACACAUUGGUUUUCGCACAAUAACUUUAGUUUAAGUGAAUGGAUCUCUAUGAAAUAUUACCAUAAGGUUCAAUACCACAAAAGGAAGGUUGGGAUUGAUUUUGGGGGUUAUGGUACCAACAGUAAAGGAAUUAGGGGCCAAAAAGGGGCCAAAAAUAAGCAUUUUUGUAACUUCCAGACAUAACUUGUGUGUUAGUGUAUGGAUCUCUCUGACAUUGUACCACAAGGUUCCAUAUCACAAAAGGAAUGCUGGGAUUGAUUUUGGGGGUAAUUGCCUCAAAAUAUUAGGAAUAAGGGGCCCAAAAAGGGGCAAAAAAACAAGCAUUUUUCUAGUUUCAUGACAAUAACUUGUGUGUAAGUGCAUGGAUCUUUCUGAAAUUGAACUACAAUGUUCCAUAUCACAAAGGAAAAGCUGGAAUUAAGUUUGGGGGUAAUUGCUGAAACGUUUAGGAAUUGGGGGCCAAAAAUAAGCAUUUUUGGAAAAUGACGCUAUCAGCGGCAUGUUUCCGAUACCAUUGACCAGAACUAACGGAAGUCGAUUAUUGCCUCCGCCUACCGCACUCGGUUUCAUAUUUACUAUUUUACAUACUAACUGGAAUCUGCUUGUAUUACGCUACACUCGAACAAAGUGUUGUAGUCGGACGGGACCAGUGUACAUACUUUAUUUUAUUUACCAAAAAGAUAUCUUGACCUGUCCAUAUGUUUUUUGUUAUUAAAUGGUAUUUGGAGCUAUCCCUUUGUUAUAUUUUUCAUAUUUAUUCGAGCUUUCACUUUUAUGCACAUGUCUUACAAUCGUAAGCAAUCGGUAUGUAUACAUGAUAAAUAGAUCCGUUUUGUUAUGGUGUUGGACUUUUUACCCUCCAAUGAUCAGCAACCGCUAGACAAAAUACUUCU